AUGUCCAAGUUGAUUACUGUUUUUGGAGCCACUGGAAACCAGGGUGGCUCUGUUAUCCGCACUAUUCUUGCGGAUUCAUGCCUGUCCAAAGAGUUCCGUAUCAGGGGGGUCACCCGCGAUGUGAACAAGGAUUCUUCGAAAGCGUUGACUGCUCAAGGAGUUGAAGUUGUUCAGGGCGACAUGUCGUCCCCCGAAGACAUGAAGAGAGUUGUGCAGGGCUCAGAUAUUGUGUUUCUCGUCACCAAUUUCUGGGAACAUCAGUCGGCCGAGCCAGAGAUUGCUCAGGGCAAGACCGUUGCAGAUGCUUGUAAAGCAGAGGGCGUGAGGCAUCUGAUCUUCUCGUCUUUGAUUGAUGUAACCAAAGAGUCCAACGGCCGCCUUGUUCACGUUACGCAUUUCGAUGGAAAAGCAGAGAUUGAGCGAUAUAUUAGACAAAUUGGCCUUUCAGCUUCCUUUGUCAUGCCUGGGAUCUUUACAACUGAAUUGUUCAACUUGAUUCACAAGCAGGAGGAUGGCUCUUGUAUUCUUGCAACGCCCACAUCGACUCAAUCGCCUGCACCUUUCAUUGACAUUGUUGCCGAUAUGGGUAAAUUUGUUUGUGCGGCCAUGUUGAAUCAGUCCGACUCAGGUCAGAACACCAUUUGUGCCUCCAGCGAUUAUUAUAAGUGGGAUGAUAUCCCUUCGCACUUUGAAGCAGCGACUGGGAAGAAAUUGAUGGUCGUGACUGUUCCAGGUGAAGUAUUCAAAUCAUUCCUACCUGGGCUGUCCCCUGAGAUGAAGGAAGAGAUCUACGAGAACUUGAUGCUCCUUGAGGAUCCUGGAUAUUAUGCCGGUGCCGAUUUGACUUCGAGUUUGAACCUCUUGUCUGAAAAGCCUGUGGGAUUGACUGAAUUCUUUACGCUGAACAAGGACAGAUGGUGA